CACGAUAUCAGCACGCAAUGGCGGACCUCGAGGCGCAGAUCAACCAGUUCUUCGCUGCUCCCGAUCAGGCUCUGCCUCAAGAUGUGCUGUCUGAGCUGCUGCACAUCGUGCAGCUGAUGUCGCUGUCGCCAGAGGACUUGUUCUACAAAUGGGACAGCUACGUCCUCACCAUGGGUGUCGAAUCCACCAAAUUGGACUACAAAACGGUGCAGGACUUUAAGAAGACGCUACAAGAAGCGCUGGAACGAGAGACACGAAAGCGACCCGAGGCUCACAACGCACCGAAGCGAAUGGGAGCCACACCACGAACAACAGGAGGACAAGAUGUAUUCGGUAUGCUGGAUGGCAUGGUCUCAAACACACCUGCAUCUCGAAUAUCUGCAGCGAAGCGAAAGAGCAAUUUUGAUACACCCACUUCGAAGGCUGUAAAGAACAAUCUCAACAGUUCUCCCGCAGACAACAAGACGCCUGUCAUGAAGAGCUUGCCUACAGUCGCAUUCGAGGACAGGAAGAAUUCGGGCGAAGUAGUGGAGGCAAUCAAUACACAUCUACCUGCUGCUGCGCUCUCAGAAGUCCCUCCCGCAGAGUCGCGGCUCAAGCUGAAGGCGGCGGUGGACUUACCCAAGUACUCCUACAAGCCCAUGGCUAUGAAAUUGUCCGAAGUCUCCGAAAUUCUCGACGAUCGUAUCGACAUGUUUGUGGAGCAAGUACAGAAAGAGCAUAAAUUGGAAGACAGCGACUUUGGAAACCCUGCAGCGCAGUCGACUUCAGAGGUGGUAGCAGUCGGGAGAAUCGCAUGUGAUCAGCCAAUAGGCAAGCUAAACGCCUCCAGCAUAGUGCUUGAGACCAGUCGAAGAAUGGGAGCUGGUAUGAGGGUACCCCUCAAGAUGGACGGCGUGACAUUCGACUUCUUCCCAGGCAAGAUUGUGGCACUUCGAGGCACGAACGUUAGCGGUCAGCAUUUCCUGGUGCGAGAAGUGCUUCCAAUGCCUCUUCUGCCAGUGGCAGCGUCUCGACCCGAAGACAUCGACGUGCACAAUGACCGACUCACAUCAGCCGAUGGUGAAACAAGGCCUCUUCAUAUGCUUGUUGCAAGCGGACCGUACACAGCAGAUACCGAUCUCUCCUUUGCACCUUUAUAUGCCCUCCUCGAAAGAGCAGCUAUUGAGCGCGCAGAUGCUCUGAUCCUCACUGGGCCUUUUCUUGACUUGGAACAUCCAGUCGUAGCGUCUGGAGACUUUGAACCACACCUACCCGCUGACGCGAAGAUCGAGCCGGACCAAGCAACUAUCACUGAUGUCUUUCGCACCCUUAUCAGCGGUCCCAUCCAACGCCUAAUCCAGACCGUAUCGACAAUCACGAUAAUCAUGGUGCCUUCUACGCGCGACGCCAUCAGCAAACACGUCUCUUGGCCACAAGAUCGUGUCCCGAAACCCCAAUUGGGCCUCCCCAGACAAGUCCAGUUCGUCGCAAACCCGAUGGCCCUCUUCCUCAACGAACUCAUCGUCGGAAUGUCUUCGCAAGAUGUCUUGUCCGAACUGCACCGCAGUGGCGCAGCACAAUCUGCGACAGGAGACAAGCCUCUGAACAAUGAUCUUCUGGCGCGGCUGAGCGAACAUGUCAUUGAACAGAGUCAUUAUUUCCCUAUCUUUCCGCCACAAUCGAGGGAAGAGCUGCCAAAACCUACGGCGAUUGAGGGCGAGAUUCCCGAGCCUGGAGGCGAAGAACGACUUGCUUUGGGGGCGAAUCUGGAUCUGUCGUUUUACAAGCUGGGAGAGUUUUGGCAGGCGAGACCGGAUGUUUUGAUUCUGCCCAGCACGCUGAUGCCUUUUGCAAGGUUCGUACAAGGCGUCCUCUGCAUCAAUCCAGGCACUCUCAGCAAGAAGCGAGGCGCGGGUACUUUUGCUUCAUUGGACAUCUCGCCGAGGAAAUUGUCAGGUGAAGAGAGGGAAGCGGGAGAUUAUGUUGGACAUCAGCUACAUGAACGAGCGAGAAUUGAAAUCAAGAGGAUAUGAAAGGUUGUUCUGUUUUUCCACGAGUCCUGUACUUUUCAGGAUGAGGAUGUACAGCGAUUUGAACAUUCCUGCCGUCGAC